CCUUGGCACGUUGUUUACGUUUUGAUGAUGCAGUGCUAAUUUCGUAUUUUCGCCAAUUUUUCCUCCAAAUGAGUGUUGUUAGUCUCCAAAUGUUGCUAUAUAAUAAGUGAAGUGUACUUAGCUUGUAGUGAACAUGCAAAAAGUGGACGUGGACCUACUUAAACCCAGCACCGUGCCGAUUUCGCCGGACACGGUGCUGUGGUUUGAAUUCUUGAUCGAGCAUGAUUUAUUAGAAAACCAUCUCAAGAAACCAAAUCCAGACCCGUCACCGACGGAGUUGAUUACCAAGUUCCUAACCAUUUCAUUGGAGUCGGCACCACCGCAGCCAAUGGAGGUAGAGUUAAUUGAUGGUGAAAAGCCAGGACCUGAUGCUUUCAAUGCUGCACCAAAACUGAGCCGUAGACAGCUUGCUCUCAAAAUACUUGCUGUGAAGACUUUUGCAUUUUUGAAAUGGGAUCUUGAUGUCAUUGAAACCAAAAUUCCGCUGCCACUCCAAGGAACACUCUUAAGAGACUUGCUGAUCCUGACAAAUGUUAAAUGUAACACUAAUUUUCCAACCAGUGACACGUUUGCGAAUCUCAAUUUUGAGGAAUUAAGUGAUGAGCAGAUCUUUGGGAUUGCACUGCAUCAUCGGUGGACUGUCCAUGCCAUUAUGAACAGUGCUCUGGUUGCGAAGCAGGCUCGCCUGAAUAAUCCCUUACACACAAACGAAGAGCUGAUGUCCCGCAUGGAUGGUGAAGGAGCAAGAAGUGAAUCUGUCCUCAUGCAGCUUAUCAAUUGCACCAAAAAACCGGUUUUAAAAAUGCCAACUUUUGACUGCUUUAUUCCAUUGACUGACGGAAGCGAAUAUCGCCAAGAUUGGAGUAGAGGAAUUGACAUAGAUUCCCGGGAGUUUUUAUGUCAGAUUCUAUAUGAUCUCGGGACGCACCAGGUCUACAGGCAGGCGUACCCUGGAGCAAAAGAGUCAUUCAACCAGUGCGUGGCUCUAUACAAUGAGCUGGGUCCUUCAAAAUUACAUUAUUGUUCCAUACCCUUGAGCAAUCUGCGUGGUUAUUGCCAAGCACUAAACAUCCCGUUCAUGGAAGCGGAGACUGAAGCUUCCCUCAUUAUGAGGUUCUAUACGGCUCUUCUUCAUGAUGAUUUUAAUGAAAUAAUCAACAUCCUGCAAGAAGAUAAUACUUUGCGAGAAAUUCCACUCAACAUUCGGCUAAAUUUAGAGCAAGACUGGAAUGCAGGCGUCUCCUGCGGAAGCAUGACCGCCACACGAGAACUUCUCAUUCAGAUUCAAACGCUGAACGUUGUGCGGCAGGUGUUGGAAGAUUCCCCACAGUAUGUUACGCAAGAUUUUAUUUCCAAAAUCCACAAUAUCCGCAGAGGGACUGAAAUUCUAGUCUGGGUGUUAAAACCCAUAAUGGCGAAUGCAACAGAUCUGGUGAAGAGGCAGGUGAUUGAGUUCUUGAUCAAAGUUAUUGGUUUGCCAGCCAUGUUGAAUUUUCCAGUCAGUCAGUUGGUGACGAAAAGUGAUCUUGAAGAAUAUGAAAAUGAUGAGGGAGAUGAUCUGAAGGAUAUCGGACCCAUUUUUUCUGAGUUCCAAAGUGUUCAAAAUAUCCAAAACCCUCUCCUAGAAGUAUCAUUCAUCGAACAGAAAUUAGUUUCUAGCUAUGACGUUGAAGAAAUUAAAGAUCUCAUUUACAAUAAUAAACAAGUCUUCUCCAAAAAGCCAAUUUGGGCGAUAAAUAAUGAGUGGGAGCUAGCGAUACCUCUGCAGAGCUUUGUUGCAGGCUUGUCUGCAGGGCACCAUCAAAUCCACUCGCCUUUUCAGCAAUUUGUUUAUGUACUUCUAGCGAAAGCAAAACAGCUAAAUGAUCAGCAAAAUUUUUCUACGGCGCUGGCGUUCCUUCAUGCAAUCGAGAAGGAAAUUGGGCGUGAGCAGAAGAACAGUCCUGCGUAUUACAAGCAAUGUCAGCUGAUUGCCUGGGAGUGUCUACUCGUUGAUCUCAACCAACUUUUUGCAGAAUGGCCUGCACCUUUAAUCGAUCAAAAUAAUUUGGUGCAACAGUGUACACAAUGUCUAUCCACACGGCAGGCGGGGAAUGAGCCAGUUCUGUUGCCACGACUGGAAAUCAUGGAAAUGUCUGCAGUGGCAUUGUUGAAUCUAGGCGAGUGGGAGUUCUUGACCAGUCCCAUGGAGAAGCGCUUCCCGUUUUUUGAAGUUGUAUCUGCUCUGGCCGUUGCAUGUAAUCAGAUAAAGAAGUUCAAGGGAAAUAAGAAAGUUUCAAGGGAUGCUUGGGAAAUGAUCCUACCAGUAUUUCAUGUAAACGGUGGCAAACGGAACAUGGGAAAUGGUGUAAAUCGACCAAUGUUGAUGCAUCUUCUUACACGGCUGAGAGACCCCUCAGUCAUAUCCCUUGUUGCUGCACUCUUGGCGAGGCUCCAUACAGCGCUCAGGGAUGAUGCAGGUGUAGAACUAAUAACGCAGUAUUCAGUGCUUUGGCCGGCUAGUGUCAGCAAUGCAAACGCAUACAGCUGUCGGUUAGUAGAUGAAGUCCUAGUUCAGUUACUCCAGUCAGGACUUCGACACUAUCCUAACAAUGAGGUGUGGCUCAAAUUAUUAGGAGAUGUCAAUUUCAGUAAUGGUCACCAUGCAGCCGCGCUGAAAUGUUACCUUCAAUCUAUAAUUUCAGUAUCUGACUUCUUUAGUCGGCCACUGACACGAACUCUAGUCGAAGACGCUGUUUUUAAGCGAAUGAUCAAAGCAUGUAUGUCGUUGCAGUGUUACACUCAGGCGGCUGUGUUGUGCCAAUUCUUGGAGGAAGUAGAUUACGCAACGGCUUUCAAGUGCCUUUCUGAAAAUAAUUGUUCAGAUGCUAUGGACUCAUAUUACAAUUACAUUUGGGAUAACAAUAUUUUAGAGUUUCUAAUCAAUUUGCACACUAAACACAACCAAUACAACCGUAAAAAGCAAGCGCUGCAAGUGAUAGGUCUUUUGGAACUCAAUACUAACAACAAUGAAGAAAUUAAACGAGAAGCUACUAACCUCAGAAAGUCCAGGUUCUUGCACGCCAUGGUCAAGCAGUAUAUUUGCUGAUUAGUUUCAGAUGUAUUCUGUGGAAUCUACUCUUUAUCUACUUCCUUCCUAGUGGAAGUAGUGCAUGUAAGUGCAUGUUCAACAGAGUUUUACUGAAUGAUACGUUGAGAAUUUUUGCGGAAAAUGUUCCCUCAGGUUGAUCCUGUUCGUUUCAAAGAAUCAAAAUUGUGUCUCCUGAGUUUUAAGCGAAGGAAGAUGAUAAUUUGACAAAUGAAUGGAAAUUCAUUCCUGAAUGAUACUUUAUCAACAAGUGUAGUAAAUUUCAUUUUUUAAGUCAAAGUCAUUCUUUUUAUAGCAAAGAAAAAUUUGAAUGGGGUCUCUAAGAUUCUUUCAUCUGAAAAAUAGUUGAAGUUGCAUGCUUUGUCUCCACAACUUUUCCCUUUCACGGGUGGUAACUUGCUGAUUUAGUUUUUAUUCUUGCCUUUUUGGCCUUGUGAUGAACAUCUGGCUACAGUUUUCAGUUCCCCAAAUUUUUAGAUUCUUUUUUAAUAAAUGGUUGAAUAUCCACCUAGGUAUGUGGAACAGGUUUUACAUAUGGUGACGCUAAAUCAUUCCAUUAUUUGUUAGGUACAAGGAAUUAGAUUGGGUAGGAUAGUGUUUCUUCUGCUUGCCCUUCAUAAUUCCUUCCAAUUAAAACAACGUUUUAGUUAUCAUCCUUUUUCCAGCUUUUCUUAGCGGAAAGGCCACAUCCAUCGAAAGUAGGAAGAUUUAAAGUAUGUUCCUUCCUUGAAGAUUCAAUGGGAAAUAUCAUAUCCUUUAUAUGAAAAGAUAUGAAAGCCAAAAAACCUGUCAAGCAGGAUCAACAAAAGUCUUUAUCUUCUUUAUAUUGAAGUCCACUCCUGUACUUAAAAACUUUCAUCGAAGGGAGUAAAAUUUUACAAUUGCAACAUGUAACUCCCAGUAAUAUUGAAAUCAGUGCUCAUUAAAAAUGUUUAUUUUGCUUGAGUUUCAGUCUCUGAUUUAGCUUUAUUAUAUGUAUGUAUUGUUUUCACUCACUAAUUUCAAAGGUCUGAAUGUUAACUUUCAACAUUGUCAACACUGUCUUUAAUUUUCAUCUCUUUUCAGGCUGUUUUAUGCCUAGAUAUGAUAGCUAUGAAGGGGCUGUUUUCAAUUUCUCUCACAAAAAAAUGUAACAGAAAACUAGCACCAUAGAUUGAUCGACAGAGGGCUUCGAUAAAGAGAAAACAUACGUGUAGAACUGGUAUUGUUGAGAACCUCUGAACAUUUUUUCGCACUUGAGUCUCUAUCUGAACUAGACCUAUUCAUCGUCAUAAAGUUCAAAUUUUACCGUGGAAGGGAGAGUACAAGUGCUCUAUCUGCUUGUGAGCAAGAUUAGAAUGUCGGCCAAUGACAAUUUUAUUCAGCAUAUGUUACUAUCUAAGAGUGAAACAAUGAAAUUAUCGAGGCUCAACCAAUCACCAAAUCUAAAUUUACUGGAGAAAAAAAUAGAAACAAUUUGAGCAGAAAUUUUAUUUUUGUUAGCAGUAUACCAAUCACUGUUAAUUAUCAAGCUGUACAUUUUAGAAAAAUAAAUAUUGUAUUUUUUGUAAAAAAAAAAGAAAAAUAAAGAGAAGGAGAAAUAAAUCAUCUUCAAAAGACA